AUGGAUAUUCAACCGCCCAUGGACAUUCUGCUAUCUUGUAAAGUGCUUGCCUGUCGCCCUGGAAAAUAUCUCGCCUCCGGUUCGUCUCAUAUCAACAGGCUACCAUUAUCUGGUUUUCUCCUAAAUGAUUCUUUUACUGUGGAAUGCACCAUCACCGUGCUUAAGGAGGAUCUGCCAGCACUAGCAGCAACAACCCGAGCUAAAGAAGUGUCUGGGUAUGGGUCAUCACCUAGCUUGCAAGACCACUUGGCUGAACUCCUGCGUACUGGAAUGGAAGCGGAUGUCACAUUUCUUGUGUCCGGCAAGUCUUUCGCUGCGCACAAGCUCAUUCUUGCUGCAAGGUCCCCUGUACUGAUGGCGGAGUUCUUUGGGGACAUGAAGGAGACGAGCUCUCGGUUUGUGGAGAUCAAGGACAUGAAAGCAGAGGUAUUCGAGCCGUUGCUUUACUUCAUCUACACUGAUCCUGUUCUGGAAUUCAGUCUUCAGCAUGAGAGAGUGACCAUGCUGGCUCAGCAUCUGCUCGCAGCUGCCGACAGGUAUGGAUUGGACAGGCUUAAGCAGAUCUGCGAAGGCAAGCUCUCUGAUGGCAUUAGUGUCGACACGGCAGCGACAACUCUGGCUUUAGCCGAGCAGCACAACUGCCCACAGCUCAAGGUUAAGUGUGUCGACUUCAUUGUUAGUACUCCUGCAAUCCUUGAUGCUGUGUUGGCGACGGACGGAUAUAAGCAUCUGGAGGCAAGCUGUCCUACGGUGUUGCCUGAGCUUCUCAAGUCUGCGCGGGGCUGA